AUUCGCGCUGGUGACGACAUUAAAGCGUUGCAUCCUGGGACAAUCUCUCUUUCUAGCCUAGGCCACAUCGGAGCACACAACCGGUGGGUCGAAAGGGAUUCAACAGCAAAAAUGGUUGCCGCAAAGAAAACGAAAAAGUCCCUGGAGUCCAUCAACUCCCGGCUCCAACUGGUGAUGAAGAGCGGCAAGUACGUCUUGGGCUACAGACAGACGCUCAAGAUGAUUCGCCAGGGAAAAGCCAAGCUGGUCAUCCUGGCCAACAACACCCCCGCUCUGAGGAAAUCCGAAAUUGAGUAUUACGCCAUGCUGGCCAAGACGGGAGUCCAUCACUACAGCGGGAACAACAUAGAGCUCGGCACAGCUUGUGGUAAAUACUUCAGGGUGUGCACACUGGCCAUCAUUGAUCCAGGCGAUUCCGACAUCAUCAGGAGCAUGCCCGACCAGCAGCAGCCGGGCGAGAAGUAACUGUACAGCCCACACCCAAAGUUGUAAUAAAAAAAUAUUACAAAAAAAGUUCUUCUCUUUGAAUUGAAGACAUAUUUUUCUAAUGUGCCUCUGGUCACUUUGAAAGAAUUACAUACUGUGUAUAUACACUGCAAGAGCCUCAGUUUUGAUCUGAUAAGAUAGGCACUGCAACAUUUUUGAAUCUGUGAUAUUGUUUUACGACUGAACUGAGGUUUGACUAUGAACAAAAGUCAGCAGUGUUUGAGCCAACCACGUAAACCAAAAUGUUGACCCUGAAAAAAGCAUCAUUAACCACCCAGGUCCAUAUCUGAAUGGACAUUUCCAAGUACAUUAAAUUAGGUUUGUAAA